UCCCGCCUUUCAACCUUCAGACCACCUGGUCUAAAGUGGGACCUGCCUGCUUGUAAGCAUCACUGUGGCACCACAUCAGAGACCAUGGACCAGGUGAGAAAGGCAAUGACAGAGGUCCCAGCAUCCUCAUUUGAUGUGGCCCGAAGUGACUCUGUGCAUACCAACAAUGCAUCAGUGGAACCUGAGGAAAGGAAAACGAAGCAUUUUCCAGCAGGCUUAAGUCCCAGCAGACAGAGAACAUCCCAAAAGACUCCCAGCAGAGUCUCCUGCAAGAUCUCCAAGAGCUCCGCAGCUCGGGGAACAACAAAGAACUCCACACAUACCAAAUCCAAGGCAUCUCCUUCUGUAAAGGGUAUUCAGAAUAAAAGACAGAGUAAACAGCAUCUCCAAGCCAAAACAUCCCACAUGCAGAAUCAUAAUUCAAGAAGAUUUGAAGAGGAAGGAGAAGAUAUUUCUGCCACCAAAGGUCCAAGGGCGAGGCUUGAGCCAAGAAGCAGGAACAGCAUUUCCUGUCUGUCUGCAGCAUCCAGGCAGAGGGAGGCAGAGAACACUAAAUCCAUGCCCAAUGACAAAGAGUCAGUAGCAGGCCAGCAGCAAACCCCAGAUUCUAAAAUGCCUGGAUCUCUGUGGAAGACCACCAAAGCCAGCUGUGAAAAUGCCAAGGAGACCAAUGAGUCCCUGACAUCAACAGCGCCAGAUAUGAAAGCAGAGUGGGAGGUGCCUCUGGAGAAGAAAAACAGUUUGUCCCGUUACAACAGGAAAGAUAAAUUUGCCAGUACAGAUGAACUUACCAGCAAUGAAGAGGAACGGCGGUCUCUGUGCAUGACAGCACUCAUCAUAGGACAGAAAAGACUCAGCGACCGCUCUGACAUGUUAAAAAAACAGCUGGAGUCAUUUGGUGAUUUCAACGAGCUGGGUUUUAACCUGAGGUCAAAUAUCUUUCAAGGUGGCCCACUGGAAAGCAGAAGCUUGAUGAAAGAUUCCUACACCCCUGAUGUAAUUCAGAAGGUAACCAGGGAUCCCAGGAACUGGCAUGGAAGGAGGAUUGAUGAGCUAGGGAGGUGGCAUCAGAAAAAUGCCUUAAAUCUUAACCUGCAGAAAGCAUUGGAAGAUAAAUACGGGAAGAAAAAAGCCAAGCCCUAGAUGAUGAAGGUUGAGUACUGAACUGUAUUCACCAGGUUAUCUUCCUCAGCCAUCUAAUAAAACCUCCAUGUAGAGCACCAA